AUGAGGGUGUCCCUGCAGCUGGGCUCCCUCGCUGUAGCCCUCUCGGCAGCCAACGCGAAACAUCUUCAACCCCGGUCAAACCCACCAGCAUGCAAUAACUCUGCCUCAACGCUAUCACUCACCGAGGCCCCCUACAACAACUACUUCUACUCAGACUGCAACGUCGCAGCCCAGGCCGUGAUAACAAGCCCCCAACAGGGGAGCGACCUUACGCGGAUCAGCCCACGACUCAUCGUAGCCUGGCCAGCCGGGAACAGUGGGAUAUGCACCUUCUUCGCGCCCCAAAAUGGCGAGAACGGCACGCUGGCCCUCGAGCUCGUCAACUCCACGGUCGGCAGCCCCCUCGGUCCAGUGUACAACGACUCGCUCAACACGGAGCAUCCUAGCGUCGGAAUACAAGGCGUCCUCCGCCUCAAUUCGUCCGCUACGCUCUCCACCGCAAUCCUAGGAAGCAUCCGAACCAUCCGCGACUUCGUCGAAGGCCCCAGCAUCCUUUACCCGGAGAUCCAAGACGCCGUGCAGUACACCUCCAGCGAGGGCCGCGUCUCCCUGAGCCGUCUCUGGCUCGACAACGUAACAACAACCAGCUUGACCUUCCAGCCAUGGGACAACAGCAGUUCCAGCAAAGCAAGUCUCUCCAAUCGUACUGUGUCCUUCGAAGCGGGCGAGUACCUCUUCGCCGCGCAGAUGAACUACCCCCAGUUAUCGCCACUGAAGCCCGAGGCCGUGCUGAUUGGCUCAGCCGUGAAUCUCACUACCACGAUGCCGGACCAGACUACCGCGCUUUCAUUCCUGUCGUACUCGGAGAAGCUGCUUGCGGGGGCGUGGCGAUUCCUUACGUACUUUGGGCGCGACUCGAUGAUCUCGGCGCUGUUGUUGGAGCCGGUGCUCAGGACGGGCAAUGGGACGGCUAUGGAGGCAGUGCUUGGGGCGGUGUUGGAGAGGGUGAAUCGGACUGACGGGAGUGUUUGUCAUGAGGAGACCAUUGGGGAUUAUGCCACCUGGAGUAAUGCACAGAACAAUGUCACGAGUACUGCCAUGCUCUGUGACUAUAAGAUGAUUGAUUCGGACUACUUCUUGCCGGUUUUGAUGCAGAAAUAUCUCCUAGAGGAUCCUGUGGGACAGAAGCGUGCCCGGGCCUUUUUCAACACACCAGCAGGAUCCAUCAACGCAGCAAAUAAGAAUUUGACUUGGGGCGAACUGGCUAUUAUAAAUGCAAAGCGCAUUAUGCGUCUUGCAGCCCCAUUUGCCAAUGAGCAAAAGAAGGGGAAUCUCAUCCAUCUUAAAGAAGGGCAGGUAGUCGGCCAAUGGAGAGAUAGUACCUACGGUAUGGCCUCGGACAAUCUUUUGCUAAAGGCAUCUAUUAAUAUUACCUUUAGGCAUUGGGGGGGGGGCCGUAUACCAUUCGACGUAAACACAGCCCUUGUUCCGGCUGCCCUUCGCUCGAUUGCUGCACUCUACGCCGAUCACAACCACUGGGCACGGCUAGCCGAUCAAUACGCGCAGACAUGGGAAGACAAGAGCCUCGAGUUCUUCGAGGUCAACGUCAUGCAAAGUGACGCCCGGGAACUUGUCGAGUCCUACAAAAAUAGGUCCGCCUUCGAAGGACCUUCGCAGUCCGCCUCCAUCGACACAGAUGUCACGUUCUACUCCCUCGCUCUGGAAGGAAACAAUCAUCUCGAAAAAGUCGCAGUCAUGAACACAGACGACUGCUACCGCCACUUCCUGCUCAACACAACCAACGACGACCAACUCUCCCGCCUCCUGAACUCCACCGCCACGAAUAUCCAGCGCACCUUCCCAGCCGGGCUCAUGACUGAUGCCGGCAUGAUCGUUGCGAACCCCGCCUUCGGAGCCGACCCCGUCUAUGCGCAGAACUGGACAACAGGCGCCUACCACGGCACGGUUGUGUGGUCGUGGCAGCUCGCUAUGAUGGCCAAGGGGCUGGAGCGACAACUUGGACGUUGCGAAGUUCGCAUUAUGAGCUCGAGGCGUUCAAGCGCGAAGCCUGCACCAGCACCGGGAUUCUGCACUGAUUCGUCGAUCUACGAUAACGUGGUGCGGGCGUAUAAUGCGCUUUGGGACUCUAUCGAGCAUAACUCGGCUCAGCUUUCUUCGGAGGUGUGGUCGUGGGUUUACCGCGAUGGGAAGUUCCAGGUUACCCAGCUAGCGUCUUUGCCUCCGCCGCCGGGUGCUGGAGGGCAAACCGAAUCUGAUAUCCGGCAGCUUUGGUCUCUGGCAUUCUUGGCUGUGACCCGUAAUGAGAAUUAUCGGUGA